AUGGCCUCCAGAACUUCAAGCCUCAGAUUCUUCUCACUAAUAAUUUUUUCAUUUUCCAUUGUCCAAAUGGCAAUAGCCGGAGACCCGGACAUUAUUACUGACUUCAUAGUGCCGCCAAAUGCAAAUGGAACUGUAGAUGGAAACUUCUUUACAUACACCGGCUUUCGUGCCCUUGUUGAAGGAGACCCUCCCACAGCCUUCAAGGUUAUGAAGGCAUCCUUGGUUGAAUUCCCUGCUCUUAAUGGGCAGAGUGUUUCAUAUGCCGUCCUUCAGUUCCCAAAUGGCACUACCAACCCACCACACACUCAUCCUCGCUCGGCUGAGCUACUUUUCCUCGUUGGUGGUACCCUUGAAGUUGGUUUUGUUGACACCAAAAACAACCUCUUUACGCAGACGCUUCAGACAGGUGAUCUGUUUGUGUUUCCCAAGGGACUUGCGCACUUCCAGUACAAUGCUGAUGCAGAAAACCCAGCCAUAGCAAUUUCUGCAUUUGGAAGUGCAAAUGCAGGAACUGUAUCAAUACCCUCCACCUUGUUCACCACCGGCAUCAACGACAAUGUGUUGGCUAUCUCCUUCAAGACUGAUGUUGGCACCAUUCAAAAGCUUAAGGGUGGUCUUGCAUUGUUUGUUGAAUAA